ACGGAAACGGUGCAGGCCGGAAUCACUCAUUUGCUGGUUGGAACUCGUAGCGGUCGCACCAAUAACUAAAAUUGUUCCUCUGAUAACGACCAGACGCGCCUUCAAGUGUUUCGUGACCUAUAAAAUCCACGAUAAGAGACUAUUGGGUAAACAUGACCGCCAAUGGAAAUGGAGCAGGUGACAUGCUGGGUCCCGGCAUCGAGCUCGUUGCCCAACAGAAGCUGCAGCCAGAGGCCAAAAUUUAUUCCCGCCUGCAAAAACUGGGAGCCUUUUACAGGGAACAGUUUGGUGCCGAGCCGGAUUUCUUUGUUCGCGUUCCAGGACGGGUCAACAUUAUAGGAGAGCAUGUGGACUAUUGCGGCUACUCUGUGCUCCCCAUGGCCGUUACCCAAAGCAUCGUACUGGCAGUGGGCAGUAAUCCCACCAAGCAUCAAUUGCAGCUCCGCAAUGUGGACCAGGACCACUUCCAGAACUUUGAUUGUGACUUGAAGAACCUCAGCUUUGAACUGCCACUGCCUGGGGGCCCGGCAUGGUAUAAAUAUUUCAUGUGUGGCGUUCGAGGCAUUGAGGAAAAGCUGGGCAAGAAAUUCAGUCCCAUUGGCAUGCGUAUUGCAGUCGACGGAAAUGUUCCUCUGGCCGCUGGUCUGUCCAGUUCCAGUGCCAUGGUGAGCUCCUCGGUGCUGGCCACAGCCCAUGUCCAGGGCAUGCAGCUGGAUCGCAAGGAGCUGGCAUCCAUUUCGGCCAAGUGUGAGCAGUACAUUGGCACGCAUAGCGGCGGCAUGGACCAGGCCAUUGCCUACUUGGGCCGCGAAGGUUGUGCCCAUCACAUCGAAUUUCAUCCCAAACUCAAUGGCACACCGGUGACCCUGCCGUCGGGCAAGUGCUUCGUGGUGGCCAACAGUUUGGCGCAGAAGAACAAGGCUGCCUCGUCGGACUACAAUGAGCGUGUGGUGGAGUGCCGUCUGGCUACACGCUGGCUGGCCCGGAACAAGAAUCUAAGCAAUUGGCAAGACAUUAUUCGAUUCAUUGACCUGGAGGAAGCCUGCGGCAUGGACAAUGAGACGUUUGAGAAUCUAAUCAAAGAUAAGCUAACUAAAUGGGUGUACACCCGAGCCGAUAUCUGCCAGGAAUGGGGCAUCACGGAGCAGGAGCUAGAGACCAAAUUCCUCACGGCCAACACGCAGCACAUGCAGGAGUUUAAGCUGCGCCAGCGUGCCCUCCAUGUUAUCCAAGAGUCUGGACGCGUGGCCAAGUUCCGUAAGAUUUGUGAGCAGCUGGCGCAACGUGGCAGCGUGCAAGAUGUCAAGCAACUGGGACAGCUCAUGCGACAGUCGCACGAGAGUCUGCGCGAACUCUACGAAUGCUCCCAUCCAGAUGUGGAGCGUCUGAUUGCCAUAUCCGAGAAGCAGAAUGUCAGCGCUCGCGUUACAGGAGCUGGUUGGGGUGGCUGCAUUGUGGCCAUGUGCGACUCACAGGAGGCUGCUGCAGCGUAUAUAAAGGCUUUGAAGCGGGACUACUACGCUCAAUUGCCGCCACAUCUCUUGGAGCGCCAUCAGCCAAAUGAUUUCAAUGAGGUUGUGUUUGAUACACUACCAGGCAACGGUGCCGAGUUGUUUGUGCAGUGAAUCAAUGACCCAAUCCUCCAUCUCAGAGUGUUUUUGUUCCAGCAUAAUCUUUGUACAUAAAGCUAAAUCCCUUUUAUUUAGCAGUUUACUUAGUUCCCUCCCUUAGGUGUCAAUCCACCCAAUCGAAAUUGAUAUACAAAAGAAUGUUUAAUCUGU